AUGUCAACAGGGAAUCAUCAUUUGGCCCAUCCACAAAUGGCGCCGCCACCACCCCCCAAACCCAAUAAAUCCGCCGCCCAACCCUAUGCCAAUGGAAAUGGCACACUGGCGAAUGGUAGUGCCACUAUCAAUGGCAGCGGCAGCAAUGGCAACCAUCUGCAUGGUUCGAAUUCAAGCAUUCAGAAGCUAAACGGCCGUAGUCCUUGUCACACGCCGCCACGUACCGAUCGAGAACACGUCGUAAUGACACCCAAAGGAAAAACUGCCAACAGUACUGUGAUUCUAAUCGAAAGGAAAUUGGUCGAUGAGGUUAACGAACGUACCCAUGUGGCGGGUGGUGAUCAUACGGGCAUCAUCAUUAAUAAGGAUACGGUGGCGGGACAGAAAUCCCAAGUAACACCAGCACAAUUGUCGUUGGAAUUCAGGGUGUUUUUGGUCAGUGCCAAUACGGGCAAACAUUCACAGGAGUCGAGAACAUUGCGUUUUUGGUUCCGUGAUUGGUUGAAAAAUGAUGAGGAUCAAGCGCAUAUUGCCCAGGACUUUUUCAAGGAGCUGGUUAGUCCAAAAGAUUUUCCAAGAGACUAUGUUGGCUUCAUCAAGAAGAUUAUGAAAUUAUUGCAAAAGGGCUACGAUGAAAUCCAAUCGCUAGAAAUUGAAUUGCGAAUAUUAGAAGAAACCGCAGAACCGCCAUCCAGACCACCUCGUGACGGUUACAUUAUUUACUGCUAUGGUGACUGCAAUCGCAAAUUCGAGGAGGCCUUACAGGCCCAACAGCAAACAGUGUCCAUGGAUGAAAAUCAAUUCGAAUCUCCACCGUUGACACCGGAAAAGGUGCUCGAACUAAUUGAACAGGCCUAUCCAAAUCCCAUUACCCCAGAGGAUUUGGCCAAGGACUAUGGCUGGGAAGAACAGGAUGUCAUAUUGGUAUUUAUGUCGCUCCAGGAAAGAGGACUCAUCAAAUCAAUGGAAUAUAAUUCCUAUACCAGAAUUCAUCAUGAAGAUAAGGAGAUUAAGGUGGUCAAGCAAAUGCCCACAAUUGCCUCCAACAAACAGCCGACCAUUGCCAUUAUUACGGCCCAGUAUUGUGAAAAAUUGGCUGUCGAUGCCAUGUUGGAGAAUAAGGAGACCUUUGUACGUUACACCACUGUUGACACUCUUACUAAAGAUUCUUUAAAAAAGAAAAAGAGAAAACGUAUUGGCGAAUCGAAUGUCUAUACUUUGGGUAAUAUUGGUGCUCAUCGCAUUGUCAGCACAAAACUACCAUCGGUGGGUAGUACCCGUGAGGCCAUGACGGCAACUGGCAAUACUACCACCCGUUUGCUGGGAACAUUCCAAAAGGUUGAUUAUGUCUUUAUUGUGGGCGUGGCUGGUGGUGUACCCCAUUACACGGAUUACAAGAAGCAUGUACGUCUCGGAGAUGUGGUCAUUUCAUAUGUGGAUAAACAAAGGGCUUUGGCCAAUGGCUCCGAAAAACCCUAUGUCUAUGUCUACAAAAGCGGUGAAGAUGUCAAAACUUAUUUCCCCGUAAAUGAUUGCCUCCAACAAAUAGCGGAAAAUCUUCAAGCCAACAUGGAAGUGAAACGCCCCUGGGAAACCUAUAUGAGUGAAGGUUUUGAAUUGUUGCAACAAAAAACUGAAAGUGAUUUCAAUCGACCUGCCGCCAAUUCCGAUAAACUAUUUAUGAAUAUUGGUAACAAUGAGGUGAUUGAGGUAUCACAUCCCAUUGGCACCGAUAACGUAGAUGGUAUACCCAAAUCCCGCCUGCAUUUGGGACCAAUUGGUUCGGGUCGUGAUUUGGUGCGUAACGAUGAUCUACGCAUACAAUUUGCCAAGAAAUAUGGUCUGCUGGCCACGGACUUGGAAAUGAGUUCGGUGUUGGAUAGUAUUAUUGGAAAUUGCCGGGAAAGUUUUAUUUUGGUUAAGGGUAUUUCCGACUAUAAGGAUGGCACCACAACCCGCAAAUGGCAAAAUUAUGCCUCCUUGGCUGCAGCCUCUGUUGUCAAAUCAAUAAUCUGUGGCAUGGAUGCCCCAACCAAUGUUUAAGAAUUUCGAGGGUUU